AUGGGAUGUGUAUUGGGACAACACGACGAAUCGGGGAAGAGGGAGCAAGCUAUCUAUUACCUCAGUAAGAAGUUCACUGCGUAUGAGGCCAACUAUUCUUUUCUUGAGAGGAGUUGUUGUGCUCUAGCUUGGGCCGCUCAAAAGCUGAGGCAUUACUUGCUCAGUCAUACUACUUACCUCAUUUCCCGCUCCGACCCCUUGAAAUAUCUGUUGGGAAAGCCUAUGCCGACUGGGCGUGUGGCAAAAUGGCAGAUGAUUCUUUCGGAGUUUGACAUCAUUUUUACUACGCAAAAGGCAAUCAAGGGCCAGGCUGUGGCCGACCAUUUGGCUGAAAAUCCACUGAAAGAUGAUUAUCAACCGCUUCACAAUCAUUUUCCGGAUGAGGAUGCCUUGUUCAUGGAUAUAGCAGAAGAUAUGAAUGAUCAAUGCCCGGAGUGGAGGUUGUUCUUUGACGGCGGGUCAAAUUCCUUCGGGGCCGGUAUUGGAGCUGUUCUAGUAUCGCCUGAAGGAAAGCAUUAUCCUGGUUCGCCCAAACUCCGAUUUUUCUGUACUAAUAAUAUGGCUGAAUAUGAAGCUUGCAUUUUUGGGUUAAAAAUGGCGUUAGAAAUGGAGAUUAAGGAUUUACUAGUAUUCAACGAUUCAGAUUUGCUUGUACAUCAGACUCUUAAGGAGUGGAUCACUCGGGAUUCAAAGAUCUUGCCCUAUCAUUGCAGCUUAGUGGAGUUAGCAAAUAAAUUUAGGAGUUUGGAGUUUCGGCAUAUUCCACGUGUCAGAAAUGUCUUUGCCGAUGCAUUGGCCACUUUAUGUUCAAUGAUUCAACAUCCAGAUGAGUUGGUAAUUGAACCCAUCCAGAUUCAUCUACAAGAAAAACCUGCUCACUGCUUAGUUGUGGAAAAGUCUUUCGAUGGCCGUCCCUGGUACAAUGAUAUCAAGGAAUUUCUCAAAACGGGAUCCUAUCCUCCUGGGGCCGAUACAACUGCUAAAAGCUUCUUGCGCAAAUUGUCUUCCAAAUUUUUCCUAAAUGGAAAAGACUUCUACUGGGGCAACUCCCUACAAUCUCAUGUACGGAAUGGAAGCAAUUUUGCAGCCGAAGUCGAAAUCCCUUCUUUACGCAUUUUAAUAGAAACCAAACUGGAGGAGGCUGAGUGGAUUCAACAACGUCAUGAGCAGUUGUCUUUAAUUGAUGAGAAAAGGUUAAAUUCCAUUUGUCAUGGUCAAUGUUAUCAAAAGAGGGUAGCCCGUGCUUACAAUAAGAAGGUCAGACCACGGAUAUUCACAGAAGGAGAUAAAGUGUUGAAACACAUUUUGCCAGUACAAGAGGAAGCUAAGUGUGAGAACCCGUAA